AUGCGGUGCGAAGGGUGCUUAAAUGAUAUAAAAAGCAAAAUUUAUUUUCGAUGCAGUAAAUCCGAUUGUGACAAAAUAUACUGUACAUUAUGUGCAAAUUUACCAAGUACUACAGUGAAUGUGCAAUCUUGGACAUGCCCCGCAUGUAUCGCACAAGAAAAAAAGACUGGCAACAACAGCUCAACGCCAGUACGUACUUCCUGUCAUUCACAAAAUGUCACUAUGCGAAAUAAAUUCAACCCUAAGACUUCGACUGAGCCGUCCAACUUGGGAAUCAGUGAGUUGACAACCGAAAUUAAGCUACUAACUCAGGAAAUAUCAUCGCUUAAGUGUAAACUCGAUGAAGCAAUGACAUCUUUAACUCGCUGCCACGAGCGUUUAGAUGAACUCGGUAACUCUAUGGCCUCAACGAACACUCGUCUAGCUUCUGUUGAACAACAACAGGCCGAGAUCCAUCCACUAAAAGCCGCAGUGAGUCAAAUUCAAAAAAAUCUUAAUAUGAUGGCUCAGAAACAAUUAUCAAACGAAAUGGAAAUAAUUGGCAUCCCAGAAAAUAAAAAUGAAAAUCUGACUCACGAUUGGAGUGGACUUGGCUGA